AUGAGCAACCCAAUUGUUCACAAACACAUGGAUUUCUACCCUGAGGACCCCAAAGGGUAUAAUAUCUAUAAGCUCAGUCAAAGUUACAAGUGGCGGGCCAAUUUUCCAGAGGACAUCCGUGUGCAAAUGGUAGUUGUCCGGUCUAAACAUUUUUACGUUUUUGAACCAAUAGAAUUGGCAUCUGGGAAAAUCUUCAUCCCAGUGUACUUCUACACCUAUAAAGGCGAACUUUACUCCAAAUGUGUGAUGCCAAAAACUAGGACUACUAGGGAUGACCGGGGCCUCACUCACAACUACCUCACAAUUCCCCACCAUAUGCCAUUUGAAUCAGCUGACUUGGUGGCCAUUCCAUGUGAACAGUUUGCAAAGAUAUAUUCUGAAAUUAUCAUGCCGGGGGGGAUCCCUUGUGCCAGAUGGUGUGAGAAUGCAAUCUGGGGAGCAAAGACUGGGAAAACCACCAAAUUUCCCCUCCCUAACCCUUGGCAUGUCAGAGCCAAUGGCAGGAUUAUCAGACAUGUGCCAAUCACUUUGUACGCGGAUGAUACAUCCGGGAACCGCUCAAAGCAGUGGAAUAAGCAUAUUUCGUAUUAUUACACACUUUCUGGCCUACCACCUAACAUGACAAACCAAAACUAUAAUUGCCACUUUUUGGCGACUUCAAACACUGCUGGCGCAUUGGAAUUAGCAGAUCAAAUUGUGGAUGAGCUAAACCUGCUUGCUACAGAAGGUUUCACUGCUUUUGACGCUGGGUUGAACCAAGAAGUAUUGGUGAUGACCAUGGCCCUAUGUUUUCUGGGGGAUUCCCCCAUGCACGCCGAGAUUGCCAACACACCAAUGCCCUCCAUAUCUUUGAACCCAUGCCGGAUGUGCACUUUGUCUGCCCCAGGAAAGGAUUGCAAGUCCACUCAUGAAUAUGUGAAUGACUUCUUGGGCAAAGAUGAACACGGUGAUAAGGUGCCUUUUGUGCCUCGUCGGUGGGAGGAAACCAUUCAAAACACCCAUGCCCUUUGGGAAAUUGGAAUGACCCGAUCCAAGAAGUUGUUUGACAGCCAAUCUAUUGAAUAUGGAGUGCGAGAUGUGGUGAAUAGGGCCUGCCUCAUGAUCAUUAAGGAUAGAAAAGCUUCCAAGACCAAGAAGGCAGUCAUCCGCAAGAUGCAUAAAGAGAAAUCUCUCAAAUUGUUCAAUCCCUUCCUCAGGCUCAAAGGAUUUGAUGGGUGCAAAGACACACCUGUUGAGAUCUUACAUGUAUUCCUGUUAGGUGUCGUCAAAUAUCUACUGCGGGACUUCAUGACCACAACGAUUAAACCCAAGCACCUUCCACAGUUGAUUGCGUCUUGGGAUUCCUUUAUAGUUCAACCAUUGGAAUUAGGCCAAAUUCAGGGAAAGUAUUUUGUGAAGCAUUACAAGAGCUUAGUUGGCAAACACUUCCGGAUUGUUUUGCAAGUAGCUCCUUUUGUGCUAUUCCAGUUCAUGAAUGAAGACCAGAGGGAGCUUUGGAGCGCAAUGUGUGAAUUAUCCCCACUCAUAUUUCAAACAACCAUCCUCGAUAUGGAGCUGUACCUCAAGACCCUUCAAGAGAAACUGGAUAACUUCAUGUAUCUAUUGAUCAUGAUGUCGGCCCAAUGGGUCAACAAACCCAAAUUUCACAUGUUGUUACACCUGCCCGAUUCCAUCAGGCGAUUUGGCCCUGCAAGUCUGGUUGCAACAGAGAAGUUUGAGAGUUUCAAUGGCCUAUUACGAAAUGCCUCAGUGCACUCCAAUCGCCAUUCUCCAGGAAGGGACUUGGCCAUCAGCUUUGCAAAUUAUGAAUGCAUGAGAGCCCUAGGAUCCGGGGGGGAUCUAUUCAAUUACAUUGAAAAUAGAUACUUUCGACCCUCCCCACAGGUUACAGAAAUGUUCAAAGACCGUAUGAUCCAAAAGGCCAUGGGGUACAAUGAACAACUAGCAAACAAGAGCACAACCAUCAUAGCGAGUUAUCCCACCAAGAAGGCACCCCCAAUCUCAAUUCCUCAGUAUCUCCAGGAUACAUACCCAAACAAGACCUUUGAAGUGGUAAUCACCCUCCACUUGGAUUCACACACAGUCCUCAAGAGAAACACCUUUGUCCAGGUCAAAUCAUCAGAAUCUUCAACCACCAAAAGGAUAGCCAGAAUCAACUCCAUGUGGCAUGUUAGAUCCCCAACCUCAAGUGGAUAUGUGAUAAGUGUCACCUGGUUCAAGCUCUUGGGAACAUCUGAGUUCUACAAAAUGCGCAUAAUCGCCAGUACCCAUGUAAUGGCUGAUAUAUUUACUAAAGAUAUCCAAGCAACACUUAAUGUGCAACACAACUGUCAUGAAGCACAAUGUCAAUUCAAGAAAAGGGAGAGAAACAUUGCCAACUAUCAGGAAGGUGACCCAGGCCUAAGCUAUGAAACCAUCCACAAUAAUCACAAUAGUUUCAUCUUAAACAGCACAUCUCUGCAUGCGCCAGUGAACCACCUAUAUUUAGCAGACCUUGAACAUUACGAACCCACCCCAAGCCAAUGGGUUGGGGCCAUUCAAGUGGGCCUGGACAAGUGGAAUGUGGGACCCAACAAGGGGAAAGGAGUGGCUGCCAUUCAAGACAUGAACCCAGACCAUGCCAUGGGAGGUGUUGAACAACACAACACCCCUGAACCUCAGGGUAGUACCCAAUCUCAUACUUGGGGUAGCAAUAGUCCUGGAUCACAUAGGGGAAUAGGAAACACCAAUCAAACAACCACAACCACCCCAAAUCUCACCAAUGUCAAUCCCAACCUUCAGAUUGGGACCAAUUCCCAAUCAAACUAUGCAUCAGAAUCAUUUACCCCCAAUUACCAGUCAAGAGGUGAUUUAUACCAGCAACAAACCCCAGGGGCCAUCCUUCAUACAUCAUCAUCGCAGUAA